CGAAGCCAAGCCUAUGACAGUCCAGCGCACCUCGCCCAAGGGACUGGGUUGAGCUCCGGGGGGCUGCCGCUAGGAAGGUGCGGAGCUUGGCUUGGCAAGGCUCUUCUGCUAGUCGACGCCGCUGCUUAGCCCAGCGACGAGAGAGAGGGCAGCCUUCAAGCAUCUGCAGUUGCACAACCGCCUCCGGCUCCCCGGCCAGCCAGCAGUGCGCAGGCUGCCUUGUGAACUUGACAUCAGAUUUCCAAAUAUCCUUGGUCUGAACUGAUCAAGAUGACGCUGAAUAUGUCCAGUGAAGAAGAAUAUAAAAGAGUCAGUGUUGAGUGUGCCCAUUCAGGAAGGCAUGAGUUCAUAUACAUCAUGGUUCCAACAGUGUACGCUAUCAUUUUCAUCAUUGGUAUAUUUGGAAACAGUUUGGUUGUAAUUAUCAUUUACUGCUACAUGAAGUUAAAAACUGUGGCAAGUGUCUUUUUGUUAAAUUUAGCGCUGGCUGAUUUGUGUUUCCUAAUGACUUUGCCUCUGUGGGCUGCCUACACCGCCAUGCAGUACCGCUGGCCUUUUGGCAACUGCUUAUGUAAGUUAGCUUCAGCUGCUGCAACCUUCAACCUGUAUGCCAGCGUGUUUCUCCUGACGUGCCUUAGCAUUGACCGGUAUUUGGCAAUAGUGCAUCCAAUGAAGGCCCGACUUCAGCGUACAAUGCUCAUUGCUCGGAUAACUUGCAUCAUAAUCUGGCUAUUGGCAGCUCUUGCAAGUUUACCUGUCAUUAUUCACCGAAGUGUAUUUAUCAUUGAUGCUAACAAUGUGACAGUAUGUGCUUUUCGGUAUGAGACCACCAACAACACAACUCUGAAAGUUGGAUUAGGUUUAUCAAAAAACAUUUUGGGAUUCUUGAUCCCCUUUGUGAUCAUUUUAACGAGUUAUACAUUAAUCUGGAAGACCCUGAAAAAGGCUUAUCAGAUUCAGAAAAACAAGACCAGAGGAGAUGAUAUUUUUAAGAUGAUUAUUGCAAUCGUACUUUUCUUCUUCUUUUCUUGGAUUCCUCAUCAAAUAUUCACAUUUCUGGAUGUACUGAUGGAACUUGGUGUGAUUUCGGGUUGCUCUAUCAUGGAUAUUGUGGAUACAGGUAUGCCCUUCACAAUCUGCUUAGCUUACUUUAACAACUGUCUGAAUCCCGUCUUUUAUGGCUUUUUUGGGAAAAAAUUUAGGAAAUACUUCCUUCAGCUCCUCAAAUAUAUUCCCCCAAAUGUCAGUCACUCUAGUUUAACAACAAAGAUGAGUACUCUUUCCUACCAACCUUCAGAAAACUUAAUCCUACCUGUCAGAAAAAAGGGUGGGCUCUUGGACAUUGAGUGAUGGAUUUACAGCGCGUCUUCUUCAACAUGCUAGCAAGAGUGAUGAUGGUUCUCAUGCUCCCAGCCACCAUGUUAAACUACCGAAAGCAUCAUCCAGUGAAAAUUGAGCAUGUCCUUUCAUUUCAUAGUGCUAAAAGGAUUGUUGGUGGUCUGCAAGUGAGCACUAACCAAAGUAGGUAGAUAGUGGUGUUCAUCAACUUUCUGCCUUAUGGUUCUGAAUGUAUACGGUACAGAUGGGAAGAUUUCAGUAUGUGCUAGAAAGUGUGAUCAAAUUGCCUAUUUCAUCAUAGUCAUUCUAUGAAAUUUUUUUUCGAAUAUGUGGAAGCAGUUUAGAUCUAACCUUUUGUGAUCUUAUGCACAGGAGGUUUGUCUUCAAAGUCCUGAAAAGAAAGUAAAAGGCAUGCAUUUUUUCAAGAAACAUUGAUGUUGUUUAUUAUACAAUACUCAAAAUGUAGUCAAAAUACCUAUAACACAUAGGCAUAUAUCAUAUGUACAUAAACAAAGUUCAUUCCACUGUCAGCAGGAAAUUUAAGGCUCUUAGAAUUGUGCCUGAAUAUACUUGUAGUAUUAGUAGUACAGUUAUUUAUGGCUAGAAUGUAUCUAUAAAUCAAAAUUAACGUGCAUUUUGUAUAAUAUUUCCUUUUCUAACAUGACUUUUCUGAUAAACAUGAAUCAAUGCCACAAAUUCAGAAAAUAAGAUUGACUGAAAAAAACAUGCUUGAUUCCACAGAUGUAUUUUUCUUUGAGCUAUUGGGGGGGAACAUAUUUGAGAAGCAAGAAGACAAAGAAAUGCAUAUUUGCAUUUCUUUGUCAUCUCUCCCAAUAACAUGGACCCCAAGGCAAGAGUUGUGAAAACAGAUCCUUUGGAGGAAUGCAGAGAUUAUCAAACAGACCAGCAGUGCUAUCAAAGUCGACCAUGGCUUCUGCUGUAAGAUGCUGUGCUUGCUGCCCAAUCCAACACAGCCUUGAUGGUGAACUAUUUACCCCAAGUAGCAUCCUUUUGCAUUUGUGGGAUCCAAUCUAGUAAGAAAAUGUAUUACAGGAAAUUCACUCUUGUUGAAAAAUGAUACCUACUGGACCCGUUUUCAGAUGGUUUACUUUUAUACAUUGGGAACACUUGCAGUCUGGACUUCUUUCCCAGAGCUCAAAUAACAUGUAGAUAGGUCUCAGGUGAUGUCCAAUUCAGGCAGAAUCAAGAAGUGAAGCCACAAUUUCAGCAAUAGAACUAUGCCAUGUGUCUCCAACUAUUCCUUCAAUGUUGGGUCCCCUCGGACAAGUUUAUAGAGGUCCAUUCCAGAUAGAGUUGCCAACCUCCAGGUGGAGCUGGUGAUCUUCUGAAUUACAACUGAUCUCCAGAACAGAGGUUAUUUCCACUGGAGCAAAGGGCUGCAAUGGAGGGUGGACUCUAUGGCAAUAAGCCCCAGUGAGGUCCCUUCCCAAACCUCACCUUCCCCUGGCUCCACCUCCAAAUCUCCAGGAAUUUCCAAACCCAGAGCUGGCUAUGCAAGCAUGGGGUGGAAUAUUUGAUUCUUUGUUAGUUUGUUAAGCAUGCCAGGCAGGAUGUGUUGCUGGAACAGAGAGAAGAGAAAGCAGCCUAACACAUUUUAUCCACACGUAGACAUGAAAUCUCAUAACCUUAGCCUCUAGCAAAAGUUUGUGCAAGUGUGCAUCAGCCAAAUUUCAUUCCUUUUCUUCUAAUACAUACCAUUAAUGGUAUGCACAGUCAGUCCUUUUACAUUUUCCCUUUACACAGAUAUUUACAGUUCUGCAGAAAAGGAUGGCAUGGAUAGAGUUGUUCCCAUGGUGAGCAGAUAGCUGCCUGUGUGAUCCCAGCUGCUUGGAAAACGGCAGCCCCAGUCAUGGAAAUAGCUGAUGUACACUGACACAGACUUUCAUAGAGAAAUUCUGCAAUGUAAACAGCUCUUUUAGCCAAACACAAUUUCCUCUGGAUUGCAUCCACUGGUUACAACCAUCAUUACAUAUACUCCUAAUUACCCUCUUAUGAUCAUAGUGAAAUACCUUAUGAAUAAAGCAUGUUUUGGAUUCGGGUUUUUUUUUCAUUUUUAGAGAAUUUUUCUACUUAAAGUGAAACACAAACACUAUAUGCAAAUGCAAUGUGCAUUUGUUUGUGCCCUACCCUCAAUGUUCUUGUUGGUAUUAAUAGAUGGCCCCUCUACCAAAGAGAAGAACACAGCUCUGAAUUAAUGCAGGAAUGCCUUUCCUGGUCAUUGCUUGCCUACACUUACAGAAGGCAGUUACUUUCUGCUGGCAGAGUUCUUUUCAAGUGUUAGCUAGCUGAAUGUGUAAAUAAAUGUAUUUAUUUCUAUUUAUUAAAUAAUUAAGCUUCAUUUCUCACAUCAUGGAUUAGAGAUCACAAAUGUAAACUGUAUAAAACAGGGAUGUGCUCCCAAAAAAACUCUUGGUAUAAAAAUCUGUUCAAUUUUUACCCUUUUAAAUUAUUUAUUCAUUGUUCAUUAUUUGUUUUGUCCCCGUGUUUGUCCUCCUCUUUCCCACUUAUUGUAUGGCCAUGGUGGAGUAGAGACAAGCAUGUGCUGGCAGGGGUUAAGAAACUUCUUGUCCCUGUCUACUCACCUCCAAAGUAUUUCAAACACUUACAUUUUGAGGUGCUGUGCCACAGGCAAUGUAGUCCCUGGGUGCCUAAUGGUAAGGACAUCAUACACUCUGGGGGCCAAGCUACACAUGACGAAUGACACUUGAACGGCAAGUGUAUUUCUCCCUGUUCACUUGCCCUCCACUCAAUCCACUUGCCGUUCAAGUGUCAUUCGUCACUUGUAGCUUGGCCCUGGGACUACAUUUCCCAGUGUGCACAAAGUCACAAGGUCCAGAUCAGAAGAGCAGCUAAGCCAUUGGAGGAAUUAGAACACGGGAGAACAGAAAUAUUUCGCCCACCCCUGUUCUUUCUGGUCACCUGGCUGGCUUAGUCUUACCUAGCCAGGAGCAGCAACAGCAAUGGCCCUAGCCCAGGCUUGCACCCCAGCACUGUCACCAUUCUAUGCAAUAAGAGGGGAGGAGGAAAGCUUAGGCGUCAGCUACAUUCUCUUCUUUCCCCUUUCCCUCUUUUCUGAUCAAACUAGACAGCGAGGUACCAAAAUCACACAGAGAUCCAAGCAUUAACUAAUAUUAGUUAGUAACUUUAAUUACUUUUUUGUUUGAAUGACAUUAACUAAAAUGUCUUUUAUUAUUUAAUUGUUAAUAUCUGCAUGAACAUCCCUAGUGUAAAAUGUGUAUAUAUGUAUAUAUUCAAAUCUCUAUAAAUUAAAUUAUAUUAUAAACAUUCAGCAAUUACUUGGUGAUACAGGGAACACUAUGCCCAAAGAACUGUAUUAUCAAUAUUUUGUGAGCGUUUCCAUUACAAUGCUUCUUUUCAAACAGCUGAAAUUAGUAAUCUGACUGCUGCAGAUGUAUAUGAGUUUCCUAUGGAGUUUAUCUCUCUUUUGAUAGUUUCAUCUACAUAUAUUGUAAACAAGAAGAACUAUAAAUGUAGCCAAACUUUGUUUUUGUUUGAUGAAUGUGCCAGCAAAACAGUACAAGAUGCUAA